UCAAGACUAGGACUGACAGAGUAUGUUAUUGUCCAGAGUGCUUUGUUCACAAUAGACUUUAUUUGAAUGGGGUAACAUUUUAAAGAUCUCUGAUUAUCUGUGGUUCUGAUGUUCCUGCCUGGCCAUAACUGGUGAGAAACUAGCUAUGCACAGAAUGAAAGGCUGAGCAACACAGGUAAGGAGAAUAUCCACAAAAUGCAAGGAAUUUCAUACUAGAGCAACUGGAAAGAUUGAGAGACUGAAUUCAACAUAUUUCUGCAGUGCACAUCAUACACACAUACGUAUAUGCACAACUGGAGAAUGAGUGCCUAUGAUACCCAACACAAAUAUAAAACUGGGAAUGAGUACCCUGUACCUUUGUAAUGCAGCUCUCAUAUGCAUACUGCAUACACACAAAAUCACAUGCCUCACACAUCAGCAGUGAGCAUGAUACACACAGACAGAACAAGCACUGAGGAACCUCACUUCUGUAAAGAAUGCUGCAGGUACAUGCUCCACAGCUGGCCCUCAGUGCCAUAUGCCUUCACAGUGAGCAUUAGGUAACCAAAGCUGGGACUCAGCACUUCCCCAUUGUGUGACACACAUUUUGCACCAGCUUGGAAUUCAGAGACCUUGCUUCGGAGAACUACACACAUAAGCCUUAUCAACAAAGGGCAGUACCAUGCAGAAUGGGUGUGGGAGAGGAGAGGAAAGGCAUCCCACCCGGGAGGUGUGGGUAACGGUUCCUUUCAGAUACCACCCAGGCUUCCCGCUAAGACUUGUUCCCCCUGAAGCAAACAAGAAUCUGCAAAUCAUGGGCCUGGUUUGCCCCUAGUGUAACUCAGCUAUGGAAUUUUACAGGGCCCUGGAAUUUGUACCAAAGAACGGCCUGAUCUGAAAUAACAACAAACUGCAGUCUUGCUUCUUUCAUCCCAACAGAUUUUUCCUCCUACCCUGCCACCUGCCAGGGCACCCUCUACAAAAGGGCUGGCCAAGCUGGCGUGCUUUGGAUCACCCCAAAAAUCCUCUUGUAAAACCAUACCAGGUUAAAAGAAAAUGACAAAAUAGUACAGACAAAAUCAGGUAGGUGAAUGAAUGGUUCAGGUGUGGAAGAUGAGCUCAUGAAUAUCCUUUCACUCCCAUCUGUUCCUCUUUUUCCAACCAUCCAAAAUCAACCCCCCCGCAGCUCCAAGAUUUGAACUCCAGCAUGAAAGACCCAUCUGCCGCAAAUCUUUUAACUCCUUUGCCUCUAAUUCUAAGAUGCCCAAAGCUGUCCAGAAUACUGGUGUAUCCACACUCCCCAAACCACAUGGCAUUCAUAAAAAAGGAUGUUCUAGUUUGGAGGUCCAGCAAAUAUAAUUACUUUUUGAAUACAUAUGCCAACCCAAGACAGCCUGAAGAAUUGUACAUGUGUGUGCACAUUAGGUAUGUGUGGGACAGUGGGAGUCUAACCAGGUGGAUAAAGACACUGGACGACUCCACUGUCAUUUAAAGACCGCACAAGGGACCCUUUUUACCCAUUACAGCACUAGAUGAACUAUUUUAGAGUCAAUGUGCAUUGCUCAAAUCUUGUGGUGAGGGGGCGCCCUAUGAAUAAAUUUGAUAUGCUGACUUUUUCAGUGGCCCAGAAAAUGGUUGCAUCAAUUAGUUUCAGGAUUUCAAAAGUUAAUCCAAGCAGGUCUCCCUUAUCAGUAGGCCCAGCCCGCUGUUGUAGCAGGGCAGUUACUGUGUGAACUUAGCACAUCAUGCUUAGUGAUAUAGUGAAGACUCAGAAAGAAGCAGGCAAGAGAGCAAGCUCAUUUCCAGCUGCUCCUGGCGUGGUUUCCAUUUGUAGCACAGGCUCAGUACUAAGGACUAGGUCUGUGUCCGCUACAGUCAAUGCAAAUGCUCUCACUGAAGGCUUCUGGGGGACAAGAUCAGACACCGAAAGCUCAGGUAGAAAGUUCCUCAAGUAUUCCUAUGGUGGUACUGAAGGUCUUCUUCCCCUCUUGCUGCUCCUCAGCAGAAAGCGGUCUUUUGGUUGGCCAUUGGAUCCCAGAACAGAACUCUGCAGUUAUCCUGGCUGUGGUCCAUUUUCCUUUUAUUCCUGUCCAGGUGAAGCAAUACCUCUCUGAAGUCCGGCAAGUGACUCAGGUCAAUGUUUCUGUACUGGGCACAUGGAGUAACUGCAAAAAGAAGGAAGAGAGCUUGAGUGAGUUCCUGGAAGAUCUUGGCACAAUCUUUUCCCAUGAGCCAUGGAUUCAGCUUUGCAAAGAGACAGACAGCAAGUUUUGGAGUUGUUCUAUUAUUCAGAAACACCCCAGUACUCCCAAGGAAGAUGAAAUUAUCUUGGUGUAUUAUGACCAACGCAAAGUAAUGCUUUCGCACCUCCAUCCCCCAGGGAACCUGACCAACUCCACUGAUCACAAAGCAGAGGAUGCCUCAAAACUAGCUAUCUUGUUUGACACAGUGGCAAAGAGCAAGGUACUGUUUAUGAAAGACAGAUAUGAUGAUGGGCCCAUCAAGCUGACCCACUGGCAGUCAGAAGGAGUAGAAGCCAGUAUAAUUGUGGAGUUGAUGAAGCAAGCUUCCAUUCCUGUGUGUAUGCUGCUGACAUUUCUGCUUUCAUUUGUCUCCAGUGUCUGUAAAAGCAGAGUGCUGAAGUUUUGGCCUUUAUCUUUCAUAUGGAGCAAACUCUCAACUUGCGAACAAUUGGGGCACCGGUUAGAGCACCUCCAGGUCAUCAGCAGUAACAGGAAGGCUCAAAACCAGCCACAGCUAAUGAGGAAAGCCAACAUCUUUGUUUCUCUCCUUGCUGACGUGGCUCUGGGGAUACUGCUGAUGUCCUGGUUGUACAGAAAGAAUCGGAUUGGCCACCUUGCUGACACACUCAUCCCAGCAGCUGAUCAUGUUGCUAAAGAGCUCCAGGACCUGCUGCAAUGGCUAAUGGGAGUGCCAGCUGGUUUAAAAAUGAACCGAGCUUUGGACCAGGUGCUGGGACGGUUCUUUCUGUACCACAUUCACCUUUGGAUUAGCUACAUCCACCUGAUGUCCCCCUUCAUUGAGAUGAUCCUCUGGUAUGUUGGCCUGUCAGCCUGUCUAGGUUUGACUGUGGCUCUUUCCAUCCUCUCCGACAUAAUUGCACUCCUGACCUUCCAUAUCUACUGCUUCUAUGUCUAUGGAGCCAGGCUCUACUGCCUGAAGAUUUAUGGGUUGUCAUCUCUCUGGCGCUUAUUCCGUGGGAAGAAGUGGAAUGUCCUGCGACAGCGGGUGGAUUCCUGCUCCUAUGACUUGGACCAGUUGUUUAUUGGCACUUUGCUAUUUACGAUCCUGCUGUUUCUUUUACCCACCACUGCACUGUAUUACUUGGUGUUUACGCUGCUCCGUCUGCUUGUGGUGGUUGUGCAAGGCCUGAUCCAUCUGCUAGUGGACCUCAUUGACUCUCUGCCCCUUUAUUCAAUCUUGCUUCGGCUCUGCAGAUCUUACCGACUUGCAGCUGGUGUGAAGUUCAGAGUCCUUGAGCAGAAGACUGGAAAACCUCUUCGGCUUCUAAUGCAGAUAAACCCUCUGUCCUAUGGCAGCGUGGUGCAGACAUACAGGCUCCCAACCUACAGCUGUUAUCCUAAGGAUUCCUGGGGGUCUCUCUGCAAAAAGUUGUUCCUGGGAGAGCUAAUCUACCCUUGGAAGCACAAAGGGGAGAAGCAGGACUAAACAGAAGGCAAGGAGCCGGCCAGGAAAGAUGCAGCCAAAACAAACAUUUAACCCCGCAGCUCCUGGGCCAAAGACAGCACGGGGCCAGCAGCUGCCAGAUCCUUGCUUCGGUCCUGAGCAGGAAGGGCUGAACUGUUAAAGAGGGAGUAUUUUGUGUGUUCUCCUUCAGAUUUCCUCCUCCUAUAUGGUCUCGUUGGGCACCUAUACAUGUGUCUGAUGCCUGCUCUGGCACGUUCUAAUGAGUUCAUUCUAAUUAGUUCAUUUUAAUCAAGUCUGCUGGAGCGUUCUAAUUAGAAUGCUCCAGCAGCCUCACCAUCUUGUAUAUUCAGUGUCCUUGCAUUUCGAACUGGCAGUAGGGGUGCUUUAACUAAAGCUCAUUGAACAAGCUUUAGUUAAAGCACCCCCACCAUCAUUUUGAAGUACAGGACACUGAAUACAUGAGAUGCUGCAGGCGUUUUAAUUAGAGUGGCUCUUAAGAGCCACUCUAAUUAAAAUGCACCUCUUCACCCCCGAGCACAAGUAAAGAUGCUCAUAGAAUUGAUUUGGUUUCCAGGCUACUAAUGGAAUGUUAUUCUACCCUAGAUCCUGAGGUGCCUGCCUGGUGGUGCAGGGGUAAAGGAUAUUUUUAAAGCCAAGAAUAAAGCCAUCAGUGCCUCAUAGAACCAGCAUACAGUGUAGUCCAGGAAGUAGGUCCUAAAUGGCUUGAUGUUCUGUGUGUCUUUCUGUAUGAGUUCUUAGGGCCAUAUGGAUGCAGUAAGCUGGUGAGUGAAAAGAUUCCUGUUCCAGGGGGACAAAAAUGGAGGCACCAGAGCAGCCUCCUCCGGUGGGACCUGAGACAGGGCUGACCCACCCAAAAAAAGAAAUAGAAAGCCCUGAAAAGAAGGUACACUUACUGUCCCUAGGAAAAGCAGAGCCACGCCAAGAAGGGCUGCCAGCGCGGUUCAUCAGACGCUUUUAUUGCUGGCUGAGAAUGGCACCGGUGGAUGACGUCAGCAAAAACCGCUGCCCAGCAGAUUUAAAAGCCAGUGAUGGGAAAAUGGAGAUGGGGGCAGCAAUGCUGAAGCCAGAAGGCAAAGCUGCUCCCCAAGCUGCGACUCCACAGGGUUGACAGCUCGGAAGGAGGCUGGAUGGAGACCUGCGGGAGGGGUCUUGACCGCAUUAGAAGAAUUACACACCCGGCUCGGCAGGCCAGCCAGGCCAAGGAGGGACAGUGUUGAGGGUUCUCAUGGACCACAGACACCGGACCCAUGAGUGGGGUGGGCAGAAGCCCGUACCCCAAUUAUUCUUCUCUUCUUUUUUUUUAAUUACUUUAUUUCAGGGGGUGCAUGGAACCUGGACUGGGUGGGGGGAGGUAACCCCAAGUAUCCCCGAGCCAAGAGAGAGGACUGAGGUAGCACAGCAGAAGCCUCAAGAGGGAGAACAGGCGCAGAGAUGAGAAUGAUCCCCCACCUUGUCAUCAUCUGGGGUGAAAGGUCAUUGAGGGACGGACAAGGAGAGAAGAGAACGAAUGAGAACAUCAAAAAGGGAUGGGCCAGCGACCCAUCAUCCAGUGGUCCUGAGGGCUGGCGUAUGGCUGGGGUGUAGGGGAGGUGGAGUCCCAAGAUUGCCCGCAAAGGGCAGCACCUGGUCUGCAAGAAGCCCCAAGGAGGAACCCCACCAAUGAAGAAAAGACAGGUUGUGGCAGGCGAGUGUUGGGGUCUCCCUCGGGGUUGAACGCAACCCAAUGCACAGGGCCCAGGGACACACGUUGCAGUCGGAACCAGGUGUGCGCUUGAAGGUCGCUAGAGAGCACUUAUACAAAACCAGUCUGGUGCAAUUCCUAUAAGUUAAAUCCUGCCCCAUCUUCUUCCAAAAGUGCUGUUUUCAGGAACUGGCAUGGGGGAGGAAGAGAGGAGUUGUGGUGUCCAGACUGCAAACUCUGCCCCUGCAUUCCUCUGCAGCUGGGUGUAGGGAGACAGGACUGAGGGAAAUGGGAUCUAGUUGGAAUACUUCCAUAUAUCGCCUCUGGCCAUUGUCCCACAUAAGAGCAGAGCAUACUAGGGAGAGAAUAUGUUGCAGCUUUAGGGCUUCAGUGGUUGUCCAAAUGGAGCACAACUGGCACUCCAUAGGGCAGUGAAGGAAGAAUCCAUAUAUUCCACACAUUGUCUAACCUGGGUACUUGGAGGGAGGAAGAUUUGACCUGUUGUAUGCAUAAUGCUUUGAGAUUUUAAACUCUUUUUACCCACA